GCUCCGUGUACAUAGCGCGCUACGUAUACACGUCACUUCCUGCGCUGACUUCACGGCACCAGCAACUUCCGUAUCCGCUUCCAGGGACGGUGGUCGCAUGUGUGGAGAGUUGGUGCUGUCUACAUAAACCAUGGCAGAUAAGAAGCGUUUGGCAUUUUCCAUCAUCCAGUAUCUGCAGGACCAGCUUCAUAAUGGUGGACUUUCCUCUGAUGCUCAGGAGAGUCUGGAAGUUGCAAUCCAGUGUCUGGAAACAGCAUUUGAUGUGUCCAUGGAAGAUCAAAGCUUGGCCGUAUCACAAACCCUGCCAGAGUUAUUUGCUGCAGCUACACUACAGGAAUCUUCACAAACGACAUCAGACUGUGCACCUCCAACAGACGAGGAUGUAGCAGAAGCUGAAUGGCUGAAAACAGAAGGUAAUGAGCAGAUGAAGGUAGAAAACUUUGAGAGUGCGAUCGCUUUCUACACUAAAGCCAUUGAUCUGAACCCAAGGAAUGCGGUGUACUUCUGCAACAGGGCGGCAGCUUACAGUAAAAUAGGGAACUAUGCUGGAGCAGUUCGCGACUGUGAAGAAGCAAUUACAAUAGAUCCCAGUUACAGCAAAGCCUAUGGUAGAAUGGGGCUGGCUCUUUCAAGUUUGAAUAAGCACGCCGAAGCUGUGGGCUUCUACAAGAGAGCCUUGGAGUUAGACCCAGACAAUGACACUUAUAAAUCAAACCUUAAAAUUGCAGAACAGAAGAUGAAAGAAAUUCCUAGUCCAAUGGGUGCCCCUGGAGGCUUUGAUAUAGCAGGACUGCUGAAUAACCCCGGCUUCAUGAGCAUGGUAAGUGGCUCGGCAUCAAACCUCAUGAAUAAUCCUCAAGUACAACAGUUAAUGUCUGGUAUGAUUACUGGCCCUGGCAAUCCUAUGGCUGGAGCGGCAGCUGCAGGAAACACACCUCCCACUGACCUGGCUAGUCUUAUACAAGCAGGGCAACAGUUUGCUCAACAAAUGCAGCAACAAAACCCAGAACUAAUAGAACAGUUGCGCAGUCAGAUCAGAAGCCGGACCCCAAGUGCAAGCAAUGAAGAUCAGCAUCAAUGAUCUGCUCCAGCAUGUGAAGGCGAUUUAUAUAUAUUUCAAGAAAAUUUGAACAGGAAGUACCAAGUGACCACACUACGGCCUGUCUUCCUUUUUUACAGUUGUGCGAACAGUGGUUAUUGCUAUUCUUUAAUGGAGAUUUUUUUUUUGUUUUUUACGUUACCUCAUACUUUGUGCAUCACCACCAUCUGCAGAAGGAUCUGAUAAGUAUGAUUAAUCACAGGGUAGCGCAAAAGGCCGACCCAUUAUGAACAUUUGGUCCUUUUUUGAAGGGUAAUGAUACAGUACAUUGGUGUUUCCCUUUCUUCCCUGACCUAUCCUUGUCUGCUUAUAAUUUAUACAAGGGGUCGUGGUGUUGGUUAGCACCAUUUAUCGAUUUGUAAUGUACUGACUACUUCAAAUAACCCACAUUCUGUUCCUGGUGCACAGAUAUUGCUAGAAAAAAAGUGAAACUUUUGGUUUUGGACUGGGUUUGUGGUUCCUAACAGAAAGCGAGUACCUGAUUGUCGUCCCGGCAUGACCUGCACAAUACACGUGAAAAAGGACAGGUGUUUUGCUGUCUUCAGGUGCGCUCCACUCUCUCAAUUUUCUGUCUGGAAUUUACAGAAACUGUUUCUAGGUCCUGGAGCUCCUCGUAGUUGACCCGGUGUGAAAUAUUGUAAGUGAUUAAUUCUGGCCGCCAAAUGUUUUCCAUGCAUAAUGCAUUUUAAUAAAGAAUGACGGAGUGCUAAAAUUAAA